AAACAGUACUGUGAGCGAUUUAGGACUCUUGUCAGGAUAUCUUUUGACCAGCAGCAACUGCUUCUGAGGUAUGUAGAGACGAUUCGUAAGGAUACAUUAAAUUAUCAAAUGUUUAUCCACUAGACAUCUUAAGGACCUUCAAUCAUUCGUUCAGAAUCUCUUCUUUUACAUCUAUUACUCUGCCUUGAUUCUGAUUGGAUCAGACGUCUUCAUAGAUAUGAACGAUCCAUCGGUUUUCAUUUUCGUCGCAAUUGCCGGAACGGUAUUUAUCAGUUGUUUGGAAUUCUUCAGUCGGUGUUACUGGGUGGAUUCCUUAAAGGAUACUGUAGGUUUGUGUGACCUUUUUCACCAUUCAAUAAUUAAACUACUUCCAAUAUCCAGUUCGAAUCUAUCUCCGGACACAUGUUCCAUGUAUGUGCCCGGCUUCCUUACUCAGAGCAUCAUCGGAAGGAUUACUUGGAUAUGCGGGCCACCCUACAGAUAAUCGCGAUGUGCUCUCGUUACGCCGUUACGUUUGGAUAUGCUGGAGUUUCCGAAAUUUCGAUUGCCGUUUGCAGUGUUUACGUUUCUGCGUGAGAUGAUUUAAGAAAGCCUCCGCAAGCGGAAAAAAUAUCAUGUAUUUGUUAUAAAAAGAGAACAACUUGGAGACAUGUGCCGAACCGUGGGGGUGCUUAGACCUUGAGAGAUGUUCUGGCGCGACAUUAUGGACGUAAUGGAUUUAAAACUGCUUGAUUUCAACAGUUGAUUUUAAUUGCAUUGAUAGUUACUAUGAAUGUUAUUCAGAUGUCCAAGAAGAAAGCAAGAGUUUAUAUUUUCGAUGUUCUACCAUUCGUGAAAGUACUUUUUUGAUUAUUACUUAACAAUACGUUUAUGAAAUCGCCAAAACAUAACGUUGCUAUCCAAUUUGUCACAAUUGCAUUUAACAAGCGUAAUUCUCACGACAAAGUUGUGUGUCCAUCGCUUUACUAUGAGGACAAAGAAACCCCACCAAGCAGGUGUUACAAUUUCGCAAAGGAUUAUUAGAAGAUCGACGUCAGUCAAUAUGUUUCUUUGAGAUUAUUCAUCACUUGAAGCACCAAGCAUAAAAAAAAUCAAAACGAAACAUGGUACAACAAGUGCGCCAAAUCCCAUGGCCAAAUUAUCCACUUACACGAGUCCUUUGAACAUCUUCACUACGGAAACGUAUGACGGAUUCGUUAGUAUGUCACCAUCUGCUGAAGCAUACCGGAAUGCGAUUUCAUUUUCCCACAUAACAAAACAAUCGGAAAUGGAAAAUUUCACUGAUUUGCUACUUUUGCAACAAACUCAAGAUUCAGUUCAGUGAACAACGUUGAACAAAAUGGAACUAUUCCGGAAGGCCCGUCUCGCCAAAUCUCGGCUCGACAAGUGGUUUCUCGAGUUGGUGGAGUGCUCCCAGGAUCCCUUCUGGUUGUUGGACCGAUAUUUAAUCCUGGCCGGCACUCAUUUCACACCCCGGAACCGUUGGCAACGCAUCGGCUGGCUUCUGUACCAAUUCGUGACCUAUUCGAACCUGACGAUUGCCUUGAUGUGUUUCAUCAGUGCUGUCAUCUUCGAGGAAGAUUCCGUGACAGUCAUCCGAACUUUUCUAAUUUUUGUUACGAUGAGUCUGAGUUUGUACAAACAACAUUGGCUAUUGCAAAACAGGGUUGGCAUUGGCAGGCUUCGGAAUUUACUUGAAACGCACGAAUUCUGUUCGGGAGAUCCGGACUUUGACGAAUCCGUCCGAAAACGUUUCAAGCGAACAUCACGAACGCUCAUUAUCACAAUCUCCUGGAUAAUCACUUUGCAACAGAUUCUCUCUUGGAUUCCUAGCGAUACGCAAGACAUAAUUUUCGAAAUUCCUUCGUGGAUCGCUUGGUGUUGGGGAGAAAGAGUUUCGUUAGUAAUCCAAGUCUGGUACAUAUCUAUCUGUGUUACAAUCUGGUGUUCCAAACUAUAUGGAUGCACCGUUACGGCAGUGACUUUGAUGGUUGGAUACGAAGCAGAACAAAGAAUUUUGACUCACAGGUUCGAACAUAUUCAAAACGACUUGCAUGAUCUUCGUCAAAACUAUUGGGACAGCGAGCUAGCAAGAAAACAGUAUUGGGAGCGUUUGAGAACUCUUGUUAGAGUAUUUUUCAACCAACAGCAGCUGCUUUUGAGGUAUGUAAAAUUCGAGGCAAUCUCCCGACACAUGUUCUACCUCUGUGCCCGGCUUCCCUACUCGGAGGAUCGUCAGAAGGAUUACUUGGACAUGCGGGCCACCCUGCAGAUCAUCGCAAUGUGCUCCCGUAACGCUGUUACGUUUGGAUGCGCCGGAGUUUCCGAAAUUUCGAUCGCCGUAUUCACCGAAAUGCUCAACACGUGCUACUCGGUGUUUACAUUUCUGCGGAAGAUGGUGUAAGAAAGCUGCCGCAAGCAGAACAACAGAUUGAAAGAUAUAAUUUUCAUAUGUUUGUCAUAAAAAGUAGGAAAAAAAAGUUGCACAAUAAAGAUUCACUAGAUUGAGCACCUCAAAACUAGCUUCGCGAAAUUUCUACCAGAUUCACAGAACAUUCUUGGAAGUGCCAGUUGUUCUUGUAAUGAGUUUGUUCUGACAAGCAAAGCUAUACAAUCGUUAAACUAGUAGAAUUCAAUGUACAUCCCUAUGACCGCCCAAGUGUUGCAAUGUUGAUGUGCGUACAUAAAUAGCCCAUUCAAAGCUGCGUUUUUAUUACACCACUUGAGUUAACCCGCAACACUAGAACUCUUGAAUAAAAGCCAACUCAUCUUCGUACAAUUUGCGUUCCCGUCGGUAACUUUUGACAUUUUGGGGCUACAGAACGACCCUUUUCCGCGGGGUGAAGCCCACCUUGAUGAAGGUGA